GCCUGCGUGUUCUCAGCAGAAGAAAAAAAGAACUCGAGUGUUUUCGGUUUUGAUAAGCUUUUAUGAGCGCAGUGUCUGAAGCUGAUUGGGCGGCGGCAGAAAAAGGAAGUAGGCUAAAAAGCAUGUUGUAUUAUUCUCCAGCGGAAACCAGAGAAAACGCAGGUCGAGUGGCGACAAUGUGAGACAUUCACCGACAAGAUCAAAGACAGCUGCAAACACAUCGACAUGGAUCAUGCAAGACCACAGGACACUCAGCAGAGCAAGGGCUCCAUGUUGAGACACAGGGAACACAGUGAUGAGCCUGUCGACAAGAGGCCCACUGACAGCUCCGCGUCUCCCACUCAGGAUGAGAAGAGGCUGAUCAGAAGAGUGCGAAGUCCAUCCAGACCGAGGGCAUGGCUGUCCAGUUCUUACAAACCCAAGUUUGGAGGGCGAUUCUACAGACCUCGAUUUCCAAGGGAUGACCACUCAUUCUACAAACCUGGCUUCAGCAGCCAUAGGUACCACCACUUCAACCCUCGGGGUUACUUCCACCGGAAAGAUCAUUUCCACCAUAAACUUCACCACAUUGCACUGAAGGAGAGGGAACGAGAUAAGGACAGGGAACGGGAUAAGGACAGGGAACGGGAUAAAGAGAAGGAGCGGUACGAGCAGAGGGAGAGCUCUGUAGGAGGUUCGCCUUCAAAAUCAACCAACACUACCAGACCUUUCGUAUCCAGAUCGACUUCCAGCAGAGACAAGGACACACAGUUCAUUGUUUGUCAGAGCGACAGGAACCAAAGCAGGGAGAGAGACCACAGGGGGACCAAGAGCAAAGAAAGAGAACGGAGCAGAGACAGGGAGCUCCCUUCAACUGCGAGCCAGACGGCGACACGAGACAGAGCCAUCCAACAGAAGAGGAGGGAGAUAGAUGAGGUGUACUAUCAGGAAUGUGAAAUGUUUGGCCUUGUGGCAAAGAUGCUGAUAGCAAAGGAUCCGGCCCUGGAGCGCCCCAUCCAGGCCGCACUGCAAGAGAACCUCAGGGACAUCGGCAAGCGCUGUUUGGAAGGCAUGGAGAAAUUUAUAGAGGACUAUGACUCCAGGGAGCUGUCUCACUAAUCAGAGACACGCAGAGUCUUCCUAACAUUGAUCCUGUUGGUAUAAAUGUUGAGAAUUUUUUUUCCCAUGUGAUUGUUUCUGUGUUUGCUACUAGAAGUAAUAAGCUCGCACAUUCUGGUCUGCUGCCUGGACAAAUUCCCCCUCUGUGCUCUGCUCGGCCUCAUGGUGAGAAGCACUGGUGAAGAAAUUAAAAAUAAACUCUGAUUGUGUGAUAAUGAUGUUUUCAUACUGCUUCUAAUUUUGAGAAUUUGAUUUUGAUAAUGAAACAAAUACACUGGUUGUAUUGCUCCAAGUGUCCUUAUGAAGAAGUCAAAACUGUAUUUUGGCAUCUGACUGACAGGCUUAAUUUAUUAUCACUCGCUUUUCAAUGAUUGUAUUUUGUUUACAAUAUAUUAAAUGUGAUUAAAACUGUUUUCAGUGA